CAGAGACUGAGGCAGCAUACAGAUCGGACGCACACUCACUUGCUGCUUUGUAUAUAGAUGGAGUAGGAGUUCCAAUAACAGGCUUCCUGUCUUGGUGAAUGGUGAGGGUCCGUGAGCCAAUGGGAGAAGAGUGGUGAGGAUGCAAACGUGAUCCAGGAAAAAACAGCCUAUUGUUCCAGGGACGUCGGAGAAGUGUGACCUCCCUCCUGCCGGCUCCGGCUGCUCGGCCUAACGGCACACUCGAGGACCCCGAGCCCCACUGACAGAUCGCCAUGAGUGGGGGAGUCAAUGUGAAGUCGGCUCCGCGUGGGCCUCCCUCGUCAGGAAUCCCCCUCCCCCGCAGCCUGCUCCCCUCCUCUCCGAAGGCAGAUCCGCACCGCCGCCGCCGGGCCAGCGACCUGCCCAGGCCCUCCACGCAAACUCCCAAACACACACCCACGCACACGCCCACACACUCCCCCUCACUGCACCCGCGGACCUCCAGCAUCCCGGGGUCCAGAGACCUCCUGAAGGGUCAGCUCCUCCAGCGGACGGGGGGGCUGCCUGUUCCCCAGGUGUCCCGCUCGGCCUACAGCAGCCCGCUGACCCAGCGCAGGGUCCCGCCGCCGCCUCACUCCAAGGACACGCUGGAUCUGAAAAAACCUGCUGACGUUCCCACGCACGUCCUGCGUGACGGCAACAGCAACAGGAGCACGUUCACCAACAAGAACCAGACGUCCGGAGCCGGAAACCUGCGCCCGUCGCUCCCCGUCAGGAGAGGAGACAACUCCAACACUGCCGGCCAGACAAAUUACACCCCUACAAGAGAGGAGAAGCCGCCGGAAAACCGCCCGCAGCAGUCCGCCGCCGUCAACAACGGCAACAUUCGGCCCGCUCAGCUGGGCCACCAGCGCGCCGGCAGAGGCCGGGCCGGCUCCUCCAGCGAAUCGGACGAGGAGAUGGGGACUCCCGAGGACAGCAGCGCCGCCUCCUCCCCCGGCGUCUUGCCGCUUCCACCGAUCGCGUUCACCGUGCCCGCGGUGUCAAAGGUCGCCGUCGAUGUGGAGGAUCACAACCUGUACGGAGAGGCCCCGUCUGCAGAGAUACCCCGGGUCAACAUGGCUACCGUGGCCCCUUUCAGCUACAGGCUGCAGGUCCAGGAGAGCGACUUCUCCCUGGAUGAGCUGAGCGACUGCUCGUCUGGAUCCAUCGAGGUCUGCUGUGACGACCUGACGCCAGGAGGGAUGCUGGAGGCUAAUGUGGCUAACAUUAGCAUGACGGCUAAGCCCAGAGAGCUGGACCUCAGGUCUGCAGCCGUCUCCUGCCAGGAUACUUCAACGCAGGCCAUGGCCUCUCGGAAGCCGCCGGCCAAACCCUCCGCCCUACCUCAAGGACCCCCACGUCCCUCUGGGUCAGAGCUCAAGGUCUACCGUCCCACCUCCGGAUCCAUCCCCAUUCCGACCCCCAAUCCGUCCAAGCUCCGCAAACAGCGAUCCCUCGGCAACCUGUGUGUGCUCACCGAUGCUGAGAAGAAGCUGCACCUGUACCAGUCCCCCCGGUGGAAUGACGAUACGGGCCGGCCCGUCACUGCAGCCAGCAAAGUGGGUCAGACCAAGACAGGUCAGGCUGGUGGUGGGAGACCACCUCUGUCACGGACACUCUCAAAGUCAGAGCAGUCUCUGUUUCAGGGGAAGCCCAAAUCUUUUUGCUCCCCACCUGUGACUUCUAACGGUGGUAAGCCCAGCCGAAUUCCUGCACCCGGUAAGCCUCGGGGACCUUAUGCCGAGGUCAAGCCCAUCAGUAAAGCCUCCGAGGCGGGCCAGGCUGCAGACACGGACGUUGCGGACAACCCAACCAAAGCUAGCUCCAAUGGAGCCGGGAGCGUUGCCAGCAACGGGAAGAAACCUGGAGAAAAGGCGAGAUCUGCUUCACUUUCUACCGAGGAGAAGAAAGAAAAGAAAGGCACAGAGGGGGAGGAUGAAAAGGGCUUUUUGAAGGUGGACCCAGAGUUGGUGGUGACGGUUCUGGGAGACCUUGAACAGCUGCUGUUCAGCCAAAUGCUCGAUCCAGAGUCCCAGAGGAAGAGGACGGUCCAAAACGUUCUUGACCUCCGACACAACCUGGAGGAAACCAUGAGCAGCCUGAGAGGAGUGCAGCUCAGCCACAGCUGUGUGGAGGGGACCAUGUGCUAUGACAGCGACGAAGCCGCCGCCUUCUCCAUCUCCAGCCUGUCCAAUCGCUCCUCUCCGCUGUCGUGGCGGCAGGGUCAGGCCAGCCCGCGGCUGCAGGCCGGCGACGCCCCGUCCACGGGCAACGCCCCGUCCGAGGUGCCCCUCCGGAUCAGCCACACCUCCCGCAUCCACCUCAUCGAAGCCCUGGAGGACUCGGACCCGUCCCUCCUGAAGGGAGAUUACCUCAGUGACAGCGACCUCGGCGGGAAGAGCCCCAAUGACGACGACGACGAUGAUAUCGACGACCUCGGGAAUGGCUGGGACGAGAGCAGCUCCAUCAGCAGCGGACUGAGCGACGGCUCAGACAAUCUCAGCUCGGAGGAGUUCAACACGAGCCCCACUCUCAACUCCCUCCCGACCACUCCCAUUGGCUCCCGCAGAAACUCCGCCGUUGUAAUGCGCACAGAUGCGGAGAAGAGGUCUCUGGUGGAGAGCGGCCUGUCCUGGGACUCCGACGACAACAAGCCCAGCCGCAGAAGCCAGGGAGGCGGCGUCUACGACACGGGGAGCCUCAAGUCCGAGUCCGCCAAUAAAUGGAAGAAGACGCGGCCGCAGGGGGAGGGGCUGGAAGGAGGGAAGGGCGAGCUGAAGAAGCCUCAGACUCUGGCUCAGGGAAACAUGCUGAAGAAAGGAAGAAACCCACCUGUGGGAGUCACGUCUCCCAUCACACACACCUCGCAGAGCGGACUCCGAGUGGCAGGCUCAGUGAAAUCAGAUGGGAAGCCCAUGGAUAAGUCUCGGUUAGCGGUGAAGGCUUCGGGUCUUCAGCGCUCGUCGUCCGAUGCCAGUAAAGACCAUCGGAAUGGGGCCGGCGCUGGUGAGCAGCGUAAACCUCCGUCGGGUCUGGUGAGACCUUCAGCUGGUGGAAAUUUUGGCUUCAAGAAGCCGACCAGCGCUGCCAGUAAUGGCACAAACAGUGCCGGCACGCCCGCCGCGACGGGCAUACCCAGCAGCGCCGCAGCGGCGGGGAAAGGGCCCAAAACAUCGGGCAUCCCGGUCAAGCCGGGCGCAGGUGGCGGAGGACGGAAAACCAGUCUGGAUGUUUCAAGCAGCGACCAAAGUGGGUUUUUGUCUCCGAACGCCAGGACGUCUCUUCAGUACCGCUCUCUGCCCCGGCCGGCGAAGACCAGCACCCUGACGCUGACCCGGCCGAGCUCGGCUCGCCCCGUCAGCACCACCGUGGACACGGGCUCCGGACUGGUCAAGCCCUCCGCCGCAGCGUCCCAGGGAUCCAGGCUCAAAGAGCCCGCCUCAGGGCUCGGGUCUGGAAUCGGGCUGGGUAAGACGGGGGGCCGCGGGAUCCCAAGCCCCGGUCCUGUCAAUCAAACGGACAGAGAAAAGGAGAAAGAGCGAGCCAAAGCCAAAGCUGUGGUGUCUGACUCCGAGUGCGGAGGCUCCCUGAAGAGCAGUCCUGCUCAGACCCCGUCUGAGAACGGGGGGAAGCUCCACGGCCUGAGGCCCCCCAGCAGCGGGAAAAGCCUCGAUCUCCCCUCACCCAACACACACAGGUUGUCUGGCGUCCGCAGCCUGGCGAAGCCUCCAUCCAUGGCCCAGCUCGACAAGCUCAACUCCAACAGCCUGGACGCCGGAGUCCUCGAAUCCCUGCCUCCAAAAAUCCCUCCAUACUCCAAGCUCCAAGAGCUGUCCAGUUCUUCAGGCAGCUCCGGCACGUCGUGCCUGACCCCCAGCCCCGCCCCUCUGCUCAACGUGAACUCUUCGGGUUGUUUCUCCGGCUCGGGCCUGGGACUGGGGCCCAGGCAGGUCACUUCCCUCGGGGUGGAGCGGAGCGAAGGCAGCACUUCUCCCCUGCUUUACCCACGCAUGUCCGGCCUGCACCGCAGCAUGGAGUCCCUGCCGCUCCAGAUGAGCCUGGCCCCGGAGCCCCAGGAGAAAGAGAAGGCGAGGGGGCGGGAGAGUUUGGUGAGGGGCUACACCACCCUGGAGCCCCGGGACAAAGACAAACAGGAGGACAGAGGCCCCCCCUCCAGCUGGAGCUCUGGAAGCAAAGUCCCGCUGACUCUCACAGACAGCUCUCAGAGAGACAGAAACACACUGCCAAAGAAAGGUUUAAGUUUCAGCGGUGCCUGCCAGGUGGAGGAGGAGGGGAAGGAGAAAGGAGAGAGGAGACACUCUCACACCAUCCUGAGUAUGACCGACUCGCUCACGCUUCCGCUGCUGUCCUCACCCACCUCCCUGCCUCGCACCUCCAAGACCAGCAUGGUACCCAGUCCUGUCGGUGGACCUCCGAGGAUGACUCGGUCCAACAGCAUCCCCACCCACGAUGCCUCCCUGGAGCUGUACGGGGCGUCUCCGCUGGGCAGCACGCUGUCGCUGGCCGACCGGCCCCGCAGCAUGGGCAUGGUUCGCUCCGGCUCCUUCAGGGACAGGGAGGCCAACGACGACGUUCACGGCUCGGUGCUCUCCCUGGCGUCCAACGCCUCGUCCACUUACUCCUCGGCUGAGGAAAGGAUUCAGGGAGAGCAAAUCCGCAAACUGAGGAGAGAGCUGGAGUCGUCGCAGGAGAAGGUCUCCAGCCUGACCACACAGCUGACGGCCAACGCCAAUCUGGUGGCUGCCUUUGAGCAAAGCUUGACGCUGAUGACGUCUCGACUGCAGAGUCUGUCAUUAAGCCACGAGCAGAAGGACUCUGAGCUUGUGGAGCUGCGGGAGACGAUCGAGGCUCUGAAGGCCAGAAACGAAGAAGCCCAAGCCGUCAUUCAUGGAGCUCUGAACAAUCAAGACAAUAUGAAAGACCUGCGUAUCCGACGGCAGAACUCGUGCGAGAGCAUCUCCAGUCUGAACAGCCUGACCAGCAUGUCGAGCGUCGGCAGCCUGAAGGACCAGGACGCCAAGAAGAAGAAAAAGAAGAGCUGGGUCUGUGAGCUGAGGAGCUCCUUCAACAAGGCGUUCAGCAUCAAGAAAGGCUCUAAAACCUACUCAGACAUCGAGGAAAUCGCCACUCCGGACUCCUCGGCUCCCAACUCCCCAAAGAUGAAUCACGAAGGAGGAGAAGGAGGAGAAGGAGGAGAGAGCCAGUUGCCAUCGCUCAAGACUUCAGCUUCAUCUGUGAUCAUGGAGACCACAGAGGAGGCCGACGGCGAGGAGACGUCCGUCUCCGACCUUCGCUCGGAGCUGUGGGAGAAAGAGAGAGCGCUGACGGACAUCCGGCUGGAGGCUCUGAGCUCUGCACAUCAGCUGGAGCAGCUCAGAGAGGCCAUGCACAACAUGCAGUCAACAGUGGAGAACCUGAAGGCAGAAAACGACCAUUUAAAAACAGGAAGUCAGGCCAACCUGAGUGGCUCGGGGCCGACCUCCUCCACCUCCCAGCCGUCGGGCCUGGCCUCCCUGCUGGGGCCCUCGCUCCGGCAGCCCAUGAGCAUGUCCCUCACUAAAUCCUUCAGUCUCAGUCUGAACGACUGUAAAGAUCCAGAAGUGUCUCAGAGCGACACGCAUUCGGUGUCGUCUCAGCGUGAAGAGGCGUGCGCACAAGUGAUCGUCCGCAUUGGAGAUCAGUCAGAGGACAGUAAACAGCAGCAGGACUUCUUCCUGGGCUCAGUGCCCAUCAACGCCAGGACUGACUGGACCUGCCUCGAUUCCCUCAUAGCAAAGACCUUCAAAGACUAUUUAAGUCAAGUGGACCCGACGGCCAGCCUGGGUCUGACCUGCGAUUGUCUCCACAUGUACCAGCUGACACCGGGAUGCCAGAGGGUUUUAGGAGGAGACAAACCCCAAACCUCGCCCUAUAGAUGCUUUGGCAACGGCCCAGCUCGCAUUUACGUCACCCUGAAAGGUCUCAGAGAGAAAUGUGUGGACUCGCUGGUGUUCGAGACCAUGAUCCCCAAACCCAUGAUGCUGCACUACAUCAGCCUGCUGACCAAGCACAGGCGCCUGGUUCUGUCCGGGCCCAGCGGCACGGGGAAGACGUACCUGGCCCAGCGUCUGGCCCACUACCUCCUGCAGCGCAGCCGGACCGACGCGUCCGAGGCCGACCACGAGUCGUGUCCGCGGGGUCGCAGCGCCGCCGUCACCUUCAACAUGCACCGCCAGACACAGAAGGAGCUGCAGUUGUACCUGUCCAAUUUAGCCAAUCAGAUUGACAGAGAGAGCGGCGGAGAGCUGCCAUUGGUCGUUAUCAUCGACGACAUCAGCGACUCGGCGGCCAUCACCGAGCUGGUUAACGGAGCGCUCACCUGCAAGUAUCACAAAUGUCCGUACAUUCUGGGAACGACCAAUCAGCCCGUGAAGAUGACGUCUAACCACGGACUGCACCUCAGCUUCAGGAUGGUGACAUUCUCCAACAACGUGGAGCCGGCCAACGGGUUCCUGCUGAGGUAUCUGCACCGUAAAGCUGUGGAGGCGUACCAGAACGAGGAGCAGGACUCCGCGCGCCACCAGGCCCUGCUGCGGGUCCUGGACUGGAUCCCUCAGCUUUGGUACCAUCUACACACCUUCCUGGAGAAGCACAGCACCUCGGACUUCCUCAUCGGUCCGUGUUUCUUCCUCUCGUGUCCGGUGUCGGUGGCAGAGUUCAGGCAGUGGUUCAUCGACCUGUGGAACCACUCCAUCAUACCGUACCUGCAGGAGGGGGCCAAGGAUGGCAUCAAGGUACAUGGACAUAAAGCAGUAUGGGAGGACCCGGUGGAGUGGGUGCGAGGCACCCUCCCCUGGCCCAACGCACAGCAGGACCAGUCCCGGCUCUUCCACCUACCUCCCCCCAGCGUCGGUCCCCCCGGCGAGGAAAAGAAGCCGCCCAAAGACACGCCUCCCCCCAGCACGCUGGAGUCUGACCCCCUGAUGGCCAUGCUGCUGAAACUCCAGGAGUCGGCCAACUACAUCGAGUCUCCGGAGAGGGAAGGCAGUCUGGAUCCCUCCCUGCAGGCCACACUCUGAGCUUCCUGUCAAUACCGUGAAAUAACCAAGGACUCAGACACAAUGGCCGACACCACGAGUCAGUAGUGAACUUUAUUGUGUGCUCAGUGAGCAGUAACAGAGCUAAAUGUAAAGGAUAACGGACAAAGGGUUUGCUCUGCCCUGCUGUCAGAACAUUGGAAAGACUAUUAAACUGCUUUCAGAGGAAGCUGUGACGAUCAGGGAAGGAGCUCGACUGGUCUUCUCCCUGCCCCUCACUCUGUCCCACAUGGGUUGUUGUUGAAUUUGCAAGUGCAUGGUGAACCGGAAUAGUAUGAUGCAAAAUAUUACCUGUAAUCCCGUCGAUCCAGACUCUGUUUGUUCGUUUUUCCUUUAUAUCGUUUCAACUUCCACAACCUCCUCUACAGUUAUUGGUGCUUACAGGUUUUGUUCGAAGGCACAUCCAUCUGAGGAAAGAAAAGUAAAAAAAAAAAAAAAAAAAUCUCAGAAGUGACAAAAAGUAGAACCGUCGC